CCUCAAAACCAUGACAAUAUCUCAAACUUCUCAACCACUUCCUCCCAAAUAUUUACAAGAAGAUGACCUAAAUGAAGAGUGUAAGAAAUUUCUCUCUAUCCUACCCAAAGAAAAAGGAUGGAUUGAAUCAUAUAUCUACAAUUACCAAGGUUUUUGGACAGCGCCAAGAGUAAUUCAAGGUGUGAUUGCAUGUCAACAACAAUUUCAGGCUCAAAAUAGUGAUAUCAUUCUUGUUACAACUCCUAAAUCAGGAACCACUUGGUUAAAAUCACUUUUAUUUUCUCUAGUGAAUCGAAUGAAACAUCCUAUUUUUAAACAAAAUCACCCUUUACUUGUCCAAAACCCUCAUGAUCUUGUUCCAUUUUUGGAACGUAGACCCUAUGUUGAUGGUCAAGUCCCUAAUGGUCCGUUUUGGAAUCACGUGUUGGAUUAUUGGAAAGAAUGCAUAAAAAAGCCUCAUAAAGUACAUUUUUUGAUGUAUGAAGAAAUUAAAAAGCAACCAAAAAUUCAGCUUAAACGCUUAGCUGAAUUCUUGGAAUGUCCAUUUUCUAUAGAGGAAGAAAAUUGUGAACUGGUGGAUGAAAUAUUAAGAAUGUGGAGCUUUGAGAAUUUAAGCAAUUUGGAGGUGAAUAUAAAUGGGAAAUUGUCAACUGGACCGGAAAAUAAAUUGUUUUUUCGUAAAGGGGAAGUUGAAGAUUGGAAGAAUUAUUUCACAAUAGAGAUGAGUGAGAAACUCAAUCAUGUUAUUGAGCAAACGUUCCAAGGAUCUGGAUUAAAGUUUUUGUACACUUGAUUUAGCGCUAAUAAGCUUUAUGCCAUUUUAAUGCAAUUAUUUAUUCUGAAAGUCAAUGUUGGAGUAGUAGUGUUUGAGAUUAAUGUAACAUGAGCAGAUAAGAG